UAUAAAGAGCUGCUUCUUGCUACCAACAAGGAUAUGGUCCGAGGUCGAACUAAUAGAGACGACUGAGCCGAGAGAUCGAAGCAGAAGGCGAAAUUAGUAAACGGAUGAAUCUCUAUCUUCAACUCUACUGCCUCCUCGUCCUUGUCGGGCAAUUACUUCCCUUGGCCCGUGGCGAUGUUCACUACUAUAAAUUCGUGUUGAAGGAAACAAAUGUAACGAAGCUGUGCGUCAGCAAGCGCAUCUUAACAGUUAACGACAGCUUUCCCGGCCCAGAGAUUCACGUUCACAAGGGCGACACCGUUUAUGUGAACGUGUACAAUUAUGGACCAUAUGGCGUGACUCUUCACUGGCAUGGGGUAAAACAACCUGCAAAUCCAUGGUCGGAUGGACCAGAGUAUAUCACUCAGUGUCCUAUCCAACCGGGAGCAAACUUCACCUACGAGGUCAUAUUUUCCGAUGAGGAAGGAACUCUAUGGUGGCAUGCUCACAGUGAUUGGACUCGAGCGACGGUUCAUGGAGCAAUCAUCAUAUUUCCCAAAGAAGGAACCACGGCCCCUUAUCCUGAACCUGAUGGAGAAGAAGUAAUUGUGCUAGCUGCUUGGUACAAAGGGGACUUGAUGGCAGAGCUCGCAGAGGACAUAAUUGCUGGGACCGAUUUGCCCCAUUCAAGAGGCUACACAACGAACGGCGAACUUGGAGAUUUUUCUAAUUGCUCAAGUGAAACGACGUAUCGUUGGUUGGUCGAUUAUGGAAAGACGUACCUUCUCCGCAUAGUCAAUGCGGUUGUCAAUGCGGAACUCUUCUUUGCUGUUGCGGAGCAUACCCUCACAGUUGUUGGAAUGGAUGGGGCCUACGUAAAGCCCAUAGUGACGGACUAUAUCAUGAUAAGUCCGGGGCAGACCAUGGACGUGCUCCUCACGGCAGACCAGCCUCUCGGGCGUUACUACAUGGCUGCUCGGGAGUAUUCGACCGAGUCUGCAGCGGUCACAGGGUUCGACCACAGCAAUGCCACGGCAAUCCUGCAAUACAACGGGGACUACAAUUUCACGUCCCGUCCAAUCUUCCCACACUUCCAGCUUCCUAUGUAUCUGGACAUGAAAGCUGGGAAGAAUUUUACGAAUCGGAUUAGAAGCCUGGCGAACGAGGAUUACCCCAUUAAUGUCCCGGAGAACAUAACCACAAGAAUGUUCAUCACGGUCUCUAUGAAUGUGCUCUGCCGGAAUAGCACUUCUUGCAGUACGGACAUGGGGAACAUACUCGCCACAAGCAUGAACAAUAUCAGCUGGAACAAUCCGCAGGUUGACGUACUCGAGGCCUACUACAGAAACUUGAGUGGAUAUUACACGACAGAUUUUCCAGAUUGGCCAAAGACUAUGUAUGAUUUCACUUCGGACAAUUAUGACGAGGAUGCAGUUAUUACAGAUCAAGGGACAAAGGUAAAGGUUUUGAAUUAUUACGAGUCUGUGGAGAUAGUGUUCCAAGGCACCAGUGUGAUGGGUGGCUCUGUGAAUCACCCGAUGCAUCUGCACGGCCAUAGCUUCUAUGUAGUUGGAAUUGGUUCUGGAAAUUUCAACAACAAUACGGAUCCGUUAUCAUAUAAUCUGAUUGAUCCCCCAAAAGUGAACACAUUUGGAGUCCCGAAGAACGGUUGGCUUGCCAUCAGAUUCUUUGCGAACAAUCCUGGGGUGUGGUUCUGGCACUGUCACUUGGAUCGACAUAUGACCUGGGGCAUGGACACCGCGUUUAUUGUGAGGGAUGGAGGCACCGAAGAAACAAGUCUCCGCCCGCCUCCUCCAAACAUGCCGCGCUGUACCGAUCUACCAGACAUGUCAAUCAAAAGAUGGAACAAUGUCAACGAAGGUUCUGCUCAACUCUAAUUUUAUGUGUCCCAAAUAUAACAUGCAGUAUAUGAGUCCUCGUGUCCAAUAACCGCAUGUGAGCGAGUACAUGUACGAUGAAACUUGGGUAAUUAAGGGUUAUCGAAUUCGAAAUUCAGCAUAAGAAUGUUAUAUCGAACUAUGUGAGUUUUUCCUUGUUAAAUUCGAGAUGGAAUCACUAUUUCCUGCUGGUGCUAAAUUGGUAUGCAAAAUCAUCGAAUUAAUCUA